UAAAAGGAAUAUCUUCAAAAACUCAUCUACUUGUCUUCCUCCCACCGCCACCAACUUCUUUUAAAUCCAACCCUCCUUAGCCAUGUCUACAGCACUAGAGAGAACAUUGGACUCUUUCCUUUCUACCAUAGACUACUAUUCCUUUCGCUAUCUAAACCACCACCACCAAAAUCACCACAAAAUGCCCAAAGGCCGCCCUCUUUCUUUGCAGACAGUAGAGCUCAAAGUACGGAUGUGCUGCACCGGCUGUGAAAGGGUGGUAAAAAAUGCCAUAAUGAAACUGAGAGGAAUUGAUUCGGUGGAGGUGAACCUACCGCUAGAGAAGGUGACGGUGACGGGGUACGUGGAUAGAAACAAGGUGCUGAAGGCAGUGAGAAGGAGCGGGAAGAAGGCAGAGUUCUGGCCAAACCCAGAUGUACCCUUGUACUUCACGUCAUCAGCUAACUACUUCAAAGACGAAGAUGACUAUAGGGACAGCUACAACUACUGGAGGCAUGGAUACAACGGGGACAAACAUGGAAAUAUUCCUGUCCCUUAUAGAGGUGAUGAUAAGGUCAGCAACAUGUUCAAUGAUGAUAACGUUAACGCAUGCUCUGUCAUGUGACCUACCUACUACUAUCAUCAUCAUCAUCAUGUAAUGUCGUGUCUUUUCGGUCGCUGCCAUUUUCUCAAUGGUCAUGACUCGUUCUACGCAGACGUGGCAUACAUGUUUAUGUUGAGGGCCCACCGAACUAGUUAAAUGGACGGUUUGGAUUGAAUGAUUGGAGUGAUUUUAGGGCUAAGCGGUGGGCCUUGGGAUUAGGACGGAUUGGAUUGAUGUGGGUGUGUGCCACGUGUACGGUUGAUGAAUCUAUAUCACGUAGAAAAUGGGAGGGAAAGGGUUAGGAAUUUGGUGGAGAUGUACAGGGAGUGAUGUGUUGCAGUUGUGGGGUGUAGUUGUUACUUUCUGUAAAAUCGUGACAUUUGGUA